CUCGGUCUCCGAGGACAAGUUCAGAUUCUAUAGGGCCAAAAAUGGUGAGUGAUCUUUUGAAUACAAGGAAAACGGGCUGGGACACAAACAGAGUCAAUGCGUGGAUUCACCAUGAAGAUGUAGACAAAGUUUUGUCAAUUAAGAUUUGUCCAGGGGCUGAGAAGGAUUUAUUGGGAUGGCACUACACAAAAGAGGGUAUAUACACCGUGAAGUCUGCUUACUGGUUGGCGACACAUCUCCCAAGCGAACAACAAAUCCGUUCUACUCCGGGUGCUAAUGAUCUUAAAGCUCAAGUGUGGCGUAUCAACACCGCUCCGAAGUUAAAGCACUUCUUAUGGAAACUCCUCUCCGGCGCUUUAGCUACUAAAGCCAAUCUAGUUUAUCGACAUAUGAGUAACCAACCUCUUUGUUGUUAUUGUUGCUCCAAUGUGGAAACAACAUGUCACUUGUUCUUUGAUUGUGUCAUGGCACAGGCAGUUUGGCGUGGGUCUGGUUUUCCAUUAGCUUCACUAACAGACCCAAAUAUCUCUUUGGAAGAGAAGAUUAAGGCUAUAAUGACUUGCAACACGUCAACAAGAUUUUCUCAUCUCCGUCAUUUUCCUCUGUGGAUUUUAUGGAGAUUAUGGAUAAGUCGCAAUAUACUCUGUUUUCAAAGAAGAUCCACAUCGUGGAGGAAGAUCAUAAGACAGGCGAGGGAUGAUGCUCAAGAAUGGCAGGAUCAAGAAAGACAUACAGAAGACAUGAGAGGAUCACGAGCUCAUACUCCUUCUGAGACACGAUCAGAAUCGAGAUGGGAACCACCAAACCAACACUGGAUUAAAUGUAAUUAUGAUGGCACAUAUUCAAAUGGAAGGAUUUCUCAAGCAGGUUGGGUGAUAAGAAACGAUAGAGGUACUUAUUUGGGGGCGGGUCAAGCUAAAGGUAAUCAAACAAGGAACGUCGUCGAGAGUGAGUUCCAAGCGUUAAUCAUGGCCAUGCAACAUUGCUGGAUCAAGGGUUACAAUCGGCAAGAAAAUGGAGGACAAGGUUUGCAGAGAGUCAAUUCACAUGGUGUCGACGUGGGAACAACAAGCCUGCAGAUAUUUUAGCCAAACAUUUGAUUCCUUCUCAUUCAUGUUUCGUUUUUCAUAAUUUAGUUCCUCAUGUAAUAACAAACGCGCUGCAUAGCGAUUUUUCAAACCAUAUAAUAUAAUGAUAUCAUUUGA